CUUAUCUUUGUGUAAUUUUGUGAAUAGAUCUUAAUUUUCUUCGGAAAAAUCGAUAUCAAAUUUAGUGGAUCAAAAAAAAGUAUUCAAAAAAAUAGCAAAUAGGCGUAAUAACAAAAUGUCUUCUGAACCUGAUAUCGAUAAUUAUCAUCUUGGAUGCUUUCAGCAAUCAUCUAACCAUCAUAAUCCAAACAUGCAGACAAAAAGAAGAUCAUCGUAUAGUAAUAGUCACUUCGCUCAGCCGUUGAGUAGUCAAGGGAUCAUAUAUAAAGAUUCAUGUUCUAUAGUUAGUUCACAGGAUAAUUUGGGGUGCUCCCCAUCUCAUUACGAUUGCUAUGGUAAUCGUCCGCAAUUAAGAUAUGAAGAAAAUAUUUGUUGUAUACCGCCAUCUCCAGCCCCAAAUAGUGACAGAUUUGUCAUUGGAAUUUCCGCUCCGCAACAUAGAUUAAUGGUUCAGCAACAGCAACAACAAAGAACAAUGUCACCAAGUUCAAGAUAUCGUGUUCAAGAUAGAUAUCGUGAUGUCUCAUCACCAGGACAUUUUCUUGUAAAUAGCACUCCAUUAUCAUCAAAUGAUAACUAUGCAACAUACUUGUCGUCAGCUGUUCAUACACCAGUUAAACGUUAUAUCCCCACACCACCUUUAUGCACCACUGAUCAGGUUCAAUAUAAUGAUCAACCAACAUUAAGCAACCCAGGAUAUCAUCUUUCAGUCUCAUCCACACAAAACUCAUUAAAUCAAAUUGGCUCAUCGCAAACAUUAAAGCCACAAAAAUCAAGAAAUUCAUCGCAACAGCAACAACAACCACAAAGCUCACAAUAUCGCAUUAAUAUGAAAUGUUGCUCCGAUAAACAGCAAAUUACUUCAUCAACUUUACCAUUAAAUUCCUCGAAUACUGAUCACUAUGCAACAACACCAAGAAUUCGAUCGAAUAUGAGUAGCAUGAAAAGUAAUCAGUCAACUGCUUCCAAUUCCUCAUCAUCGAGUGCAGCAUGCUGCUCUCAAACACAAUCUAUAAUGAAUGCUCCAUAUAUUUCACGCGAUUAUUCUACAGGAAUAACUAAAGUUAUAACACCAGUAAAUAUGAUGAAUCAAACGGAUCAAUCGUGCAUCAAUUGUCGUCGAACAACUGGUGUUCAUCAACAAACGCAAACAGGUCCUAUUAGUCCAAUACCACCACAGCAGUUGACGUUGUCUGCCAUACAAGACAGUCAUCAAUCUCAAUCACCAAUUAGUCCACAACCAUCUACUCAUUCGAUGGCAUCUGCAAAGUCAGGAGAACAGACUUAUUCGUCAUCAGUUCCACUUCCAAAACAACCCGAAAAGAUUGAGGAAGAACCAACUAUAGCACCUCCACCUGUAGUUUUCGCAAAUAAGCCACUCCAACAAGCAACCACACAACAGGAACAAUCAUCAAUGUCACAUUUACCUGUUCAGCAAGAGUCAUCAAUUACAGGCAGUAAUCGUUCAUUCGUUUUUCAAUAUCAUCACGAUUCAUCAUCAAAUUUACUGGUUAAUUCGAAUGCUAAUCAACGUAAUAUGUUACAACAACAGCGCCAACAAAAUCCAUCACGAUAUUCACGAAAACAAAAAGUUAAAGAUUAUGUGAAGCGAGAGAUUGCAAAAUUUUUCGGCGUAGAUAUAUUGAGUGAGGAAGAAGAACGCAUAAAAUGGUUUGAGAGGCAAAAACGUUUAGCAAUUCGAUGCUUUGGACAGCUUCGUGAUGAUAUGGAUUGUACAGGUUCACCACGUCAUCAAGGUCGGAAUGAUCAGCAGUUGGGAUAUAGACCUGAUAUUUUACCACAAAAUACAGAUGAAUCUGAGAGAACUCAUUAUAAAAUUGAAAAGAAAGCUUCAGUUGCCACUAUGAUGUGGAAUGGAGUUUCAUUCUUGGCUAGUCGUCGUCAUGUUAGAAAACAGAAGCAAUGGUCACGAUCAUUUGCUCCAGCACACGUAAAAAAUAAUGAUGAUAGUGACUUGUGUGAUGGGAUAUCUCCUUUACCGAAUGAUGAAACUUUUUUUGAUUCACCAAAUGCAAAUUCUGGCAACAAUCAGGAUGAAUAUGGAUAUAAUCGUCAGUUGUAUUCUACACCAAGCACAUCAGUUCGUAGUAAUGGAUGGCAAAUCAAGUCUAGUCAACAUGAACAUGAACUUAUUGCAGCAACUGGUAUGCGCCCUGGAACUCGAAUUUCAGCACAAUUGCUUGAUGGAAUAAUGGAUAAUUCACGUCGUCAAGUCACAAAUGAUAUCAAGUUAUUGAGACCAAAUGAAUUGGAUGAUCGUCAUGAUUAUAGACCAUUUUUUACAUACUGGGUUAAUACCGUUCAAAUUUUGGUUUUAGUCAUAUCCUUAAUUUGCUAUGGUGUUGUAUCUUUUGGUAUCGGAAUGGAACAAAAAACUGGUCAAGUAAUGGUCACAAAUUUAAACUUGCAACAAGUUUCUCACCAAGAACAGCGAAAUGUUUGGAUUGGACCGCGCUCAAUGGAUUUAGUUCAUUUGGGAGCAAAGUUUGGAGGUUGUAUGAGGCGUGACGCAAGGGUUUUGGAUGUAAUAGCAAAAACUAAGAGAAAAGAACGAGAAACGGCUUGCUGUAUUCGUAAUGAUGAUUCGGGAUGUGUACAAACUUCGCAGGCAGAAUGUUCAGUCGGUGGAUUAUGGCCCACGCAGAAAACUAUAUCGACAUGGAAGAAGUGGUCUCCCGGUGAUGGACCUGGCGGUAGAAUUUCAGGGUCAGUUUGUGGACUAGAUCCUAAAUUUUGCGACGCUCCACAGAGCUUUGAAUGGCCUGAUGAUAUUACAAAAUGGCCCAUUUGCCGUAAAACUAAUUCAUUUUCUCAUCGCUCACGUCUGAAAGAUCAUACAGCUGAGCAUAUGGUUUGUGAAAUUAUUGGACAUCCCUGCUGUACUGGCGUUUAUGGGGAGUGUCGCAUAACUACUAAAGAAUAUUGUGAAUUUAUUAAUGGAUAUUUUCAUGAAGAAGCAUCUUUGUGUUCACAAGUUUCGUGUAUGAGUAAUGUCUGUGGAAUGUUUCCAUUCUUUUCACAUGAUGUCCCUGAUCAAUUUUAUCGUCUUUUCACGUCACUUUACUUACAUGCUGGAAUUUUGCACUUGGCUAUUACAAUUGCUUUUCAGCAUAUAUUUCUCUCAGAUCUUGAACGACUCUUAGGGCCAUUAAGAACUGCCAUAAUUUAUAUAGCAUCUGGUAUUGCUGGAAAUUUAACUAGCGCUAUUUUCGUCCCUUAUAGACCUGAGGUCGGACCAUUAGCAUCCUUAGCUGGCGUAGCUUCAUCACUCAUGAUAAUUUUAACAUUCUGUCAUUGGAAACAAUUGAAGAAGCCCUAUUUAGCAUUGAUCAAAUUACUACUUAUAUUAGCAUGCUUAUUCGGAAUGAGUUCUAUGCCUUGGCAGCUUAACUUUGCUGGCCUUAUAGGUGGCAUAGUCUUUGCAAUUGCUUUAACAUUUGGACUCGUUCCAUUUGUAAGCAUUACAAAAUACAAUCGAAAAUCGAAGAUAAAUUUAAUUUGGUCUUCAAUGCUAUUCCAUUUAUUCAUGUACAUUGUCAUGUUUAUCAUAUUUUAUGUAUUCCCAUCUCUGUUUUCUUCAAUUGGAUUCGUCGGAAUCGGACAUUCAAGUGACCAUUUCGAAGGAUAUGAUGAACAUACUAUGAGUAAUAAUAAUAAUAAUAACAAUAAUAAUAAUCAAUUUAAUAGAGUCAUAAACAAUUUUAAUGUUGCUGGUGGGAUAGUUUCAAGUGUACGAAGCAUUUCUUCUCAAUUUCAUUUGACACACAAAAAUUUACAUUAAGAUUUGAUUCCGUGAAUGAAAAGAAGCUAUAAAAAAAUGAAUAUGAUAAGUAUAAUUACCUACCUUACUUAUAAGUAAUUCGUAAACAUAAUUUAAAUGCAAAAGAAAUUUAAUUUCUGAUGAUUCUGCUAAGUUGCAAUAACUUUAUCAAUUUACAAACAAUUGUGUUGUUCUAAAUGACACGAACUUCUGCACAAAUCAACAUUCUUUUCAAAUUUGUUCAACAAAUAAAAGUUUAUAAAAGAAAGGAAUCGGUAAAUGUGAAGAAAU